AUGGACAAUCCUAGAAAUAAAAUAUGGAUGCAUUGUGAUAGAGUUAGUAAAGAAUAUUUGGAUGGAGUAGAGGAGUUUAUAAACCAUGCCUUUUUUGAAAAACAAGAUGGAGAACAAAUUGCAUGUCCUUGUACAGAGUGUGUGCUUAUCCAUCAAGUAAACCGGACUACAGCAUAUGAUCAUCUUGUGAUUAAUGAUAUUAUGCCAUCAUAUGAUACUUGGUUUUGUCAUGGUGAGUCUCUAAAGGGAUCAAACAAUACUCAAGCAAAUAAUCGCAGCCAAACAACUUUAAGGGGCGAUGAUAUGACAGGAAUGAUACAUGAUGCCUUUGGAGGAUUUACACAGUUCAUGGAUACCGACGUUAGUGAAGGGGGUGACAUAGAGCAUAACUUACAAGAGAAUACUGUUCAUCCAUCUGGAAAUCAACCGCAUCCAGAGGUGGAUAAGUAUGAACGGCUCAUGAAGGAGGCAAAUGAAGAACUAUAUCCAGGAUGUAAGAAAUUUAGCAAAAUGUCCUUUUUGAUGCAUCUGUGCCGUACAAAAUAUAUGUUCAAAUGGUCAAAUGAAUUGUUUAAUGCUUUGCUUGGACUAUUGAUGGAUGCGCUGCCUGAAGGAGAAAAAUUGCCUCCUUCUUUCUAUGAGACCAAAAAGAUAGUUGAAGGCUUGGGCUUAAAGUAUGAGAAAAUUCAUGCUUGUCAGCUUUUUAGGAAAGAGUUUGCUAAUAAGAAUGUAAAUAAAUGCAAUAUUUGUGGAGCUUCUAGAUGGAAAAAUGAUGCUAGAAAUAUCCCAGCCAAGGUCCUAAGGUAUUUUCCUUUAAAACCAAGUCUACAAAGACUGUUUAUGUCUUCGGAAACUUCUAAAGCAAUGCGUUGGCAUCAUGAAGAGCGCCACAAAGAUGGAGUUCUACGACAUCCUGCAGAUUCUGAAGCUUAG